AUGUCUGCCCCCUCACCCACAACGACCAACCUGCCCUCAAGGGCCACAACUGGUUUUAGCACCGCUAGCGACGAUGCCAUCCCUGAAGUUGACCCUUCAAGCACCGCUGGUUUGCUCGCCGAGCGACUCCAAGCAUGGAAGCACGCCGUCGGUUACAUCGAGGAAUACAUGAAGGCCAUGGAGAAGGUCCAUGGCCACCAUGCUAAGGAGUAUGAGAGAGCACUCAAGACCAUCAACAACCCCCUCAAGGAGGGUCACCACUUCGACCAGAGCCUGGGCGGUAUUGCUGGCUUCUUCGAGAACAUGCGAUCCAACACCCAAUCCCUCAUCAACACCAACAUCGAGACCGAAAAGAGCAUAAAGGGCUCCGUCCUCCCCGUCCUCGAGCGUCUGCAUAAGGAGAUCAAGCAUAAGGCCAAGGAGCUCGCCCACGGCGCCGAGAAGGGAGCUAAGGAAGUUGACAAGGCUCGCAACACCACACAGAAGCAGAUUGAGCUGCUAGGCCAGCAUUCCGCUUCUUUCGACUCGGCUGGAGGUCACAUCAAUAGCCAUGACGACCCCUACGUUGUGUACCGCGGUGUGCUACACCGUUUGAACAGCCAAGUUAUUGCUGAGAACAACCACCGUAAUGAUCUGAUUGCUGUUCAGAACAACUUCCAUAGCUUCGAGGCUCACAUCAUUGAGGUUGUCCAGCAAGCUAUGGAGGCUUUCACACAGCUGGCUGGUGGCCAGGCGGACAAGACACGAGCUCUGUACAAUGAUCAGCUUUCUGCCAUUCAGCACGUUGCUCCCGACUUCGAGUGGAACGCCUUCACGGCUCGCAGUGUCGACCGUCUCGUCAACCCCAACGAGCCACCACGCUCCGUUGAAGCGAUCCAGUUCCCCAACAUGGAUCACCAUGCGACCAGGGCUCUGGUCGAGGGCUCCCUGGAGCGCAAGUCGCGUAACAAGCUGUCGUGGGGCUACACAACCGGCUACUACGUGGUCACGCCCUCCAAGUUCCUCCAUGAGUUUAAGGACUCGGAUAACAACCGCCAGGACCCUAAGCCUGAGCUCUCCAUCUACCUCCCCGAUGCUGUCAUCGGUACCGUCCAGGGUGAGAAGUUCAGCGUCAAGGGCAAGGAUAAGUCCAAAACCAUGAGCAGCAAGCUCACAGGAUCUACUGAGCUUAACUUCAAGGCACACACUGCCGCCGACGCCGCCAAGUGGUUCCAGGUCCUCUCGGAAUGUGGCAAGGCUACGGCUCCUCUAAGCACAGGAUCUAGCCCUGUUGGUUCUGCGCCAGCAUCGCCCAACCCUCAGGUCAUUGCUGACCCUCUUGACGCAAAGGUCCAGUCUCCUGUAACUCCCCCGGUUCAGCAUGGUGGUCAGGAAGCUGGUAUUGUAGGCGGCGAGGCUCCUGCAGCAGUUCCCGUUGCAGCUCCUGUUGCAGCUCCCGCGGCGGCCGAGAAGAAGGAGACGGCCAUCUAA